GCAUGAGAUAAACUGUGGUGGAUUCACAGACAGACGUUGGAUUGGCAUGGCUGUGUGCAGCUCAGUACUGCGAUCUGCAUCCACGAGGCUCCUGCCUGGACAUUUGGAUUCUCUCUCCACGGCUCCACAGCCUUGACACGGUGCUGGACAGCAGUGUAACACUUGAGCUGUGCGGCGCUUUCACAGCAUGUUGCAGGGCAUUGGAAGGCAGAGAGGGAAUAAUAAGGGGGGAUAACCUUACCACACAUGAGCGAUGUACCGUGGGCUUCUCUCUUCUGUCUCAUUUCAGAUCGUCCGGCUUUUCUACACAGAGACCUGGGACUAAUGGAGGGAUGCAACCAUGUUAUUCUUUGCUUGUCAUGCUUGAAUCACAACUCCUUCUCUCCUUUUGUGUCACAGACCUUAUUGUCUUUGUCUGUCACUGCCGCCAGAUCAACUGUGGGGUAACGUGGCGGACAGAUCCCCCUCCUCAACCCCCCUCUCCCUUGUCUGUGCCCCUGGCUUCUCAUCACUCCGAGUUCGCUCGUGUCUAUUUACCUCUCUUAAGCUCCCCUCCCCUCUCUGUUAAGCUCAGUGUUUCUACAUCUCCUGCUUCCCACUGCUUACUAUCUCCCUCUCUUUGCUCCUUCAAGGCAGGCAGUCUGCUCUCCCGUCCAAGCAGCUUGUUACAUGAUCUCCUGAAAGACACUUUUCGCCGUCGCUCUGCCGCCUCACAAUUCCCGAGCUCCUCCAGAUUUCCCUCUCCACAACGACAGGAUGUUCCCGCACGAGGAUUGAUCCACUUUCACCCCCUUUCAUUCUCCCCUUCCCCUCCCUUGUCCUGAUCUCCUGCCCUGUGACCCUUUCCCUCUCGUUUGCUACCCCCACCCACCCUCUACUAUUCUAUUCAUCCUCGCCCUGAGCCUCUUUCCCCCUAACUCAUUUCACCCCCUUGACCAUGUUGCCAUGUGUUAGCUGGCUCCAACUUAUCCUCAUCUUGCUGUCCUCUGUCUUAUGGACCCGGGGGGAGAACUGCCCAGUAACCUGCCUGUGCCCAGACCCUCACACUGUGGACUGCAGCGGCCGCGGACUGACCCGUCUACCCGAUGAGAUCCCCUUGGAUGUUCGUCGGCUUUUGCUGGCUGACAACUGGAUACCCCGCAUCCCCUCAGACUUCCUGGUUCUGUACAGUGACUUGGUCUACCUGGACCUCAGGAACAACACCCUGUCCCACAUAGAACCAGGGACCCUAAGUACAUCUUCCAGGCUGGUUUUCCUGGACCUGGGCAGCAACAACCUGACUGAAAUCCCCAAGGGGACGUUUGGGGAGUCCCGAAGCUUGAUCAAACUACGCCUUGGCAACAAUCCAUAUCUUAGCUUGGUGAAUGAGGAUGCUUUCCUGGGCCUCACCUCUCUGAGAGAACUGGAACUGGAGCGUAAUGCACUGUCUACCCUAAAGGUGGGGGCGCUGAGUCAGUUGCCCUCCCUAAGGGUCGUGAGGUUGGAGGGCAACCCUUGGGUGUGCAACUGCAACUUUGCAAACCUGUUUACCUGGCUCAUGGAAAACAGCCACAAGCUUCCAAACGGGGUGGAAGGCAUGGAAUGCUCCCUCCCCAUGGACGGCAGACGCGUAUCCCUCACCCAACUCUCAAAGGACAGUUUCCGUGAGUGCCAGGCCACCCUGACUCUGACAGACCUGCUCAUCAUCAUUUUCUCAGGCAUCUCAGUGUCUGUGGUGGCCAUCAUGACAAGCUUCUUCCUGGCUUCAACUGUUCAUUGCUUCCAGCGCUGGAGUAAAGGCACCAAGGGGGAUGAGGAAGAGAGUGAGGAGUGAUUCAGGAGGGAUUUAUUUUUUAAGACCCUCGUUCUUCACACAGUAAGAGGACAUCGCAGACAGUGAGCACUACAUGUGACAAAUUCCACGCUGCCUCCUUCCUGGAGAACAUCCAAAAGACUGUUUGACGAUGGGAUUUAGCCCUGACUCGGCUGCGGUUGAUUUCAACGCACAUGGACAUCUGACAUGAGAUGGAAACAAGAGGAGGGACAUUCCCGAGGAAUGAGUUAAAAAGUCUGAAUAAAAUUAGUGAGUGCCCUGCUCCACUUGCAAAAUGAUAUUAUAGAGUUUGUAUUUUUGGCUGUGGGAGCCUCUGCUCAUCUUAUAUGGCCAAUGGGUUUUUGGCUUAGUGUAAUAGGCCUAUGAAAAUACAGCACGUCUAACACCAUUGUGAUGAAAGUGAUAGAUUAGAUAAAGAAGUAACGCUGCAGUGCUGUCACGUUAGUCUUAGAAAAGCCAAAACUUUCUCAGCAUCGAACCGGUGCUGGAUUCUGAAUCCUGUAAAUGACAUCAAACUUAA